AUGGCGGCAGAGGAGUUAGAAUGCUGGAAGAGACGGCUGCAUGAUGAGCAGCCUUCACAACAAACUAGUUCCUCCUCAGUGACGUGCGACAACAACAAUGACUGGAAUGAGAGCAGGUCUUUUCAGUCAGAAGUUAAGACAGUCAACAAAUCUUUUAGCUGCCCUGAGUGUGGUAAAUUAUUUCCCCAUAAGCGGUCUCUCCAGAAACAUGUGAGAGUUACAAGUCAUUCAGCAAUAUGCUCUUCAGGCUUUUUGAUUAAUAAUAAAAGUGUUAGAGUGAAGCAACAUCUAGACUCAGAUAGGAAAGUUCAGAAAGAUCUAAAAUCAUUUAGAUGUGACGACUGUGGAAAAAUAUUUAGUGUAAAAUCCCAAUUAAACAAACACAUAAGAGUCCACACAGGACAGAAACCUUUUGUCUGUGAGUUCUGUGGAAAAAGAUUUAGCCGUAAGUCAACUUUAAAUGAUCACAUGAGAGUCCACACAGGUGAGAAGCCAUUUCCAUGUGAGCUCUGUGGUCAAAGAUUUAGCCUGAAGUCAUCUUUAAACAGUCACACGAGAGGCCACACAGGACAGAAACCGUUUGUCUGUGAGCUUUGUGGAAAAAGAUUUAGCCGUAAGGUAACUUUAAACAGACACAUUAAAGUCCACACAGGACAGAAGCCUUUUCCCUGUGAGCUCUGUGGAAAAAGAUUUAGAUUGAAGGGAGAUUUAAACAAACACAUAAGAGUCCACACAGGACAGAAACCUUUUGUCUGUGAGCUCUGUGGAAAAAGAUUUAGCCAAAAGUCAGCUUCAAAUUAUCACAUGAGAGUCCACACAGGAGAGAAGCCAUUUCCAUGUGAGCUCUGUGGUCAAAGAUUUAGCAUGAAGUCACAUUUAAACAGUCACACGAGAGUCCACACAGGACAGAAGCUUUUUGUCUGUGAGCUUUGUGGAAAAAGAUUUAGCUGUAAGUCAUCUUUAAACAGUCACAUGACAUUCCACACAGGACAGAAGCCUUAUGUCUGUGGGUUCUGUGGCCAAAUGUUUUCUCAAACGUCAAGUUUAACCAGACACAUGAGAGUCCACACAGGACUUUUCCCUGUGAGCUCUGUGGAAAAAGCUUUAGAAUGAAGGGAGAUUUAUAUAAACACAUUAGAGUCCACACAGGACAUAAACCCUUUCUCUGUGAGCUCUGUGGAAAAAGAUUUAGCCAAAGGUCAACUUUAAACAGUCACACGAGAGUCCACACAGGACAGAAGCCUUUUGUCUGUGAGCUUUGUGGAAAAAGAUUUUGCCGUAAGUCAACUUUAAACAGUCACACGAGAGUCCACACAGGACAGAAGCCUUUUCCCUGUGAGCUCUGUGGAAAAAGAUUUAGCCAGCAGACAAAUUUAAAUAAUCACAUGAGAGUCCACACAGGACAGAAGCCUUUUGUCUGUGAGCUCUGUGACCAAAUGUUUUCCCAAAAGACAAGUUUAACCAGACACAUGGGAGACCACACAAGGACACAAGGAACUAAUGUAAUAACACAAGUCCAAAAAUGAUUGUAGUUUGUACAUCCUAGUUCCAUGUGUUGCACUCCUGGUUUUUGUCCUAGAUCAGAGUUUUUUCCAGCCCAUGAGCCACCUCUCCCUGUCCUGCAAGUCACAGUUUGUGGCCACUAAGCUGUAAUUAUUUCACUAUAUCUCUGUUUCCAUUGUGAUGCAGCGCAAUGCAUCUCUAUUAAGGUAGCACGACUCAGGUUGCGAAUGACCACAGUCACCAAUUUUUAUCAUGUGUCUUGCCCAUGUAUGUCUAAUCUCAGAAUUGUGUGUACUGAAACUCUAAUUUCCCUCUGGGAUUAAUAAAGGAUUGAUUGAUUGAUUGAUUGAUUGAUUAAUUGAUUGGUUGAUUGUAUCGCUACACAAUGAUGAGCAGCUAGAUCAGAGUUUUGGAGCGUUGCAGUAGAGAGAGUAGCAUGGCGUGUCUACUCUGCUUUUAAAUAGUUUGUGUAGUGUACAAAUAAUUGUCUUUUACCAGUGGUUUGUACUUUGUGAGUUGCAUAAAUAUAACUACAGAUCUCUUCAGGUGUUCAUCAAGUAGUUCCAGGAUUGGGCCCUGCUAGUGUGAUCAGAUGACAGUCCAACAUUUCCAUAACUUUUCACACAUUCAGCAAAUUUAGACAGUUUCCUGUUGUUUACAGACGUGCGUCUUGUGUUUUAACCUAGCAUUUAGAAACUAAGAUUGUGAAGCAAAACAAGAGAGGGCUGUCAAUCAAACAAAAGUGAAGAACACUGUCUGUCUUUCUGAUGAAAUCAGGAUUAAUUCCUUCUAAAAAAUGGUGUUAGGAGUAGGCUUGGGAAGGAUUACCGCAUUACCGUAUACAGCCAGUGUUUAAAAAAUAGCAACGGUGUUAGUUCCAGUACUGUCAUGAAAAAAAUGAUGCACGUAGGAGACGAGGAUUAAAAACAUAAAAAAAUAAAAGUAACCUAAUGUAUAAAACGGAAGCAUGGUUCAAUUGUCCGUUUUACUCAAAUAGUUCAAAUUAGGGAUGAGCGAGUACACCUGUAUCUGUAUCUGUUCAACCAUCUAAAUUAUCUUUAUCUGUACUCGGAGUGGGCGUGGCCUAACCCGGAAGUGGGUGUGGUUUACAUCAAUACAUUAUUUUAAGUCUGAAAUUGAUAUGGAUUGAUCCAAAGUUGCUAUGCACAAGGGUGUAGGAAUGAGUUUAAUAUUGGGGGGACACAUUUUGGAAAUCUAACAAAUCUGUUGUAGGUCAAUACAUAGAGCUCCGGACCCCACGUGACUCUCAGUUAGUAGAUGCCAAAAUGGCAGGUAAAAGAAGCUAAACAAACACAGAUCGUAAACGUGAACGGGAUCGGCUUGGAUUUUACUUCGUCGGAGUUUACUUCACACUUUAAAACCGAAGAAAUCGUUUUAUAUAGUCAGAAAUUAAAUAGACUAAACAUCUCCGACCCUUACCGUGCCCCUGGGAUACUUUUUAAAAAUGCCAGAAGCUGUCGGAGCGGACUUCUUACUGGACCUGGCCGGGGAACCCCUUGGGAUUCCCCCGGAGGAGCUGGCUAGGCGGCUGGGGAGAGGGAAGUCUGGGCCUCUCGACGCUACUGCCCCCGCAACCCGACUCCGGAUAUGCGGAUGAAAAUGGAUGGACAAAGAACAUAGAUUUACAUGUAAGUAGUUUAAAUAGAGUGCUGUGCUGUUCGAAUGUAUAAACUGAACGCCAAGAGAAAUCACUAGUUUGAUUUUCUUCCAUGAAUAAAAUAAAUAUGUCAGGCAGGAGCAUCUCAGGAUCUGUCUGAGAUCUGUCUCGGUGAGACAGGUAAUAGCAAUCCAAAGUGCUUUUUAUGUGUGAUCUGACAAUUGAUCAACCAUUGCUUAAAAAUUAAAGACAGCUUAGCCGGUUAAUUGCUGUCAUCAUAAAACACGUAAACGGCAGCACGCAGAACUCACGAGGCAACGUUUUACGUGAUGUUUACUUGCUGCUAUGAGUAAUAAGACAGAAAAAGCCACGCCAAAAUAAGUUUAGGAAGCCCACUAAGAAUCGUAAUAAAAGCAUUUAAAAUAAAUACCAUACACAGUUGAGGAAACGUUGGUUUAAGUACCUGAUAUGAAGCGGUCGCUGCAUAAGCGAAAACCUUUACUCUCGGGAUCCCACAGCUUCAUUUUAGCCCGGUCACUAGCGUCCAAGUGAUCCAAUGUUUGCGGCGCUCCGGAUCUUGGGGAAUCCUGUAGAAGGCUCAUUCCUUAUGUCGUCCGCGUCUGUUCUGCAUCCUGGGGCACAACAGGAAUCUACCAUAUUUCCUGUCUGAUUGAGUUUUCUGACAAUAACAAAUAGUCCAGCUGCGGGCUUCUACCUGCCAAUAUGGCGCCAUUUCGAUUUGAACUGUUGCAUGCCGGGAGAAGUGACGUCAACUCCUGGAGCUCUAUGGGUCAACUUCACUGAAAAAAAUACAUUUAAUGAUUAUUUCUGAUUCUAAUGUGUCAGUGAGUGUUUCAUGCAGGCUGAACAUGAACAUAGUCUCCUACCGCUAUCUCCUGCAUUAGCUUCAGAUAGACGGUGAAACUCUAGGAUUAGAAAAGUCUGACAGAUGUGACUCUGGGCGUAAGGCAAAGCCCAGAAAGACAAGAAAAUAACUUUUAUAGCCCAGUUCACUAACAUUCUGUUUUUUUUUUUAUUUUUUUUUAUCGGGGACCCAUGAGCCAGCCGGAAGGGGAGGAGACUUAGGCUCCCCAUUAGCCAGAUCCAGGUGAUUACCGGCCAACGUGGAUGUUUUAAUUAUAAAAAGCUGUUUAUGUGUCAGUACUGUUUUAUUUUUAUUUAAUAAUAUGAAUGUAGGAUAUAUUAUCUUAUUCAUAUGGGUAGAGAUGUGUAAACAGAUUUAAUACAAGACUAAAGCUGUGAAUAUUCAGUCUGAAUUGAUCUGACUCUCAUCAGAAUAUUUUAAACUACAUCAGCCAACAAUGCUGACCAACAAUCAGAAAAAUCUGUUUGCUUCUGACAGAAUGAAAAAAGAAAUAAUUCACUUACAACAACAGCUGGAACUACAUUAUUUUUCAGAUGGACAAAAGAAAAAAACAGUGGCCAAAACUGCAGUCUAAAUGCACCAGAAAGCAGAGUUUAACACUUAUUUUUCUAAUAUUUCUAAGGAAGCAUAUACAGAAUGUAAUUUAUUCUUAAACCGUACUGCCCAGCCCUACUUGUUAUGGGAUUGCAUAUAUUUAACUGUGUUCACUUAUUAUUACAUUCAAAUCUUCCUCUCAUCAGCAACCUAAAACCAUCUCAUUCUUCAUUGUAGCACCUCAGCAGGUCUGGCUCUCUCUGUCUCACCCUCAGCUGGUUCCUGCUGAACUUCAUCUGAUCUCUAAUAUAAAAACAGUGGACAGGAAUAAGGAGUAAAAAAUACUGUUGAACGACUAGUGCAAUAUUAAAAUUGGUUGUUAUGGUAUUAUUUAGUCGUGUUCACUUGUUAUCAUGCUCGAAUCUUCCUCUCAUCAUGAACCAUCUAAAACCUCACUCCAUUGUAGCACCUACCUGCACCUCAGCAGGUCUGGUGCUGCCUGUCUCACCUUCUUCAUCAUUUUCCUGCUCAGGGCCGGCUUUGCCGACAGGCGACACAGGCGGCCGCCUGGGGCGCCAUCUGAUGGAUAGGGCGCAAAAAAAUAAUAAUUUUUUUAAAUUUAUGUUUGUAAUAUGAAAUGCACUCUCUACAUACUCAAAAUUCCCCUCUGAAAUGACAUGAAAUUAAAACAUCAAUAUUUAAAUUCUAAUGAUCUGGCUGCAUGACGAGCUCCCGCUUGGACCACCGCUCCGAUGCAUUUGACCGUUAAGGGUGCCGUAGAUCACGUGCGUGGGUAGCACAGAAGGACAUCCUGUUGUCGUUGCGUUUAAACUUUUGAUAUCUUUUACGAUGAAAAGAACACCUAAGCCAUCGGGAUCAGCAUUCCGAAAGCGAGGGAAGGAGGAAGAAAAAAAACGGGCCCAAAGCAGAGGUAUGUAGACUAUAAAUUUGGCAAAGGAACUUUUUGCGUUACAAUUUUAGCUAACUGCCUCUCCUGCCACGCUCGGUCCACGGACGGACCCUUGCUAGCUGUUUACUUACACAAUACAGAAUCUCGUAACUUUAACCAAUUCAGGGUUUCCCUUACAUAGGCGUAGCCGUGGCAGCCCGCCUCGGCUGAAAUCCCACAAGAUCCCAAGUAUUUUUUUUUUUAUUUUUACUUUUUUUGCGCUGUUUCCCUACUAUGUUGUCGCUUGUGAUCACAGCCGGCGGGCAGCAAGGAGGAGCAGGCAGGGCAAGGUGAAGUUACAGCAUAAGUUACUGAGUUUAAAAUUAGAAAGGUAGCAGUGGAUAUAAUGCUUUUUGGUUUACAUGUUUCAAUAGCAUUAAGAUAAACGAGUGUUGAUGAUCUUGACAGGGUUUCCUCCAGUGCUUAUUAGGCCAGGUUCUCCUCCCCCCACCAGGCUAAGCAUCACUUAUUCAUGUAAAAUUUAUUUAUUUUUUCAUGUUUGACUUUAACUGCAUCUAAUACUGUAUUAUGGCGUGAGCGCAACAUCGACAACUUAAGAUCGAUGUGUGAGCAGCGUGAGAGGUUGGGUGUUUUCAUCUGAACCCUUAAAACCUCCAGCAGGCUACGCUGCACUAUUGACGCGUUAGCGCGCGGCGCUAACAACUUAGCGACGUGACAUGUCUCGGAGAAAGUGUAAAAACACGUUGGACGCUUCUUCUGAAGCGGGAAAAUAACACCUCUUCUUAAGCAGAGCACGACGUCGCCUCGGCUCGUUCACGGUUGAGCCGGACUGAGCUCGAUAACAUUGACCCAGCACAGCCACUGGGUCGUUGGAGCUGCCCUGUGACUGCCUGAUGGAAAACCAGCGGGUUUCAUCAGACUCGUAAAGUUUCUUGUUUUUGCUGGGGACCCCCUGUAUUUUACCGCUCCCUCCUGCAGUCUUCCCCUAUUAACAUUUAAAAUGAUUCUGUAAAUUCCGUGUAUCAAUAGAAACAAUCUCUGCCUCUGCCAGCUGCAGUAAAUGUAGUCUCCAAAUAAUAAAUAAGAGGUGCAUUCAUCUGUGUAUCUCCUUUGAUCCGCAUUAGUGAUAUUUUCAGCACCAGAACGGUGAAGCAAAGAAACAGAUUCCUGAGCUUGUUAGUAAUUUUAUUUAUUAGGUGCAUCUAACCUGUUCUAUUUUUCUCUGAAAUGAGAUCAAAUCAGUGCUUCUAUGGGCUGUCUCCUCUCUGCACUAGAAAAUUUUACUUUAUUUAGAGACGUGUCAUACUGCGGAGCUCAUCACCUGUGCUGUGGUGAUUUCACCUCACUGACGCAGCAUUGAAACGCGCUCUCCGCUUUGCGGUCAGGAGAUCCCUUUGAUCUGCUCAGAAGUAACUGCUGAGGUGAAAAAGUAAGAAUCCAGGCAGCAGUUUUUCUGGAGAGUUUAGAGGAGAUGCAGGAAGAUGAGAGACAGACAGGACAGGAAAAUAGUUCAAUAAAAACAAGAAAACAAAACAAAGUUAUGAAAAGUAAAAUGUAGGUAGAUUUAUCUCCACUACACGUUUUUACCUGUAUAAAACAAUAAGUUAUACACAUAUUUAUACAUCUGAUACAAUUCAGAUCACCUUCAAAACUCAGUCACACACCCAGGGCCGUUUCAAGACAUUUUGGGGGCCAAGGCAAAAUGACCCCACCCACCCCCACUAGAGCCCUGCACUGAAGCCCUAGGCCCUCGGGUCGGCCCGGCCCGACGGCCCUCGGGCCGGGCUUCGGGCUAACGACUGUGUAAUUACCUCUGACAUGGGCCGGGCGCCUUUAUUUUUAAUUGAAUUCAUUAAAAAAAAUUGAAACACAAACGCAGCAGGAGAGCCCUGCGCGGGACUGUUUUCUUCAUCCCGCUCCUGCCCGCUCCCGCUGAAUUUCUGACCAUUACCGCCCGCAACCGCAACAUGUGUGUUACACUCGCGCCCGCACCCGCAGCGUGCGUGUCUACUCCCGCCCGCAACCGCAAAACUCGGAGAAAUUAUUACCUCACAAUAAAAGAGAUGUAUUGAGUUUGCGUCCUCUCUGGUCCUGGAGAAAACGUGUCACUUCCAUCCAUCUGAUGCGGCUCUCUGUGCUGGUAAAAUAAUGAAUGGAUAUUUAAAUAAAAUGCUUUAUAUUUUACUGAAUUAAUUUUAUAUCUGUAAGUCAAUUCUAUGUAAAGAUUGUCUGCGUAAACCUGAACAGGUCCAACCCGGUCUGACUGUGAGACCGGGUUGACGCGUCACGCUUGUGCGUAAUCAUAGGCGCUUUCUGAGCUGAAGAGGACGUGAGAUUCUGGGCUUCUCCUCAGAAAGCUCCUGGAUGUGUCGCCACAUUGGAGACAGGAACAAGCACUAUUCAGCCAAAGUUUCAUAAUCAGGGAACAUGUUCUAAGUGACAAGUCUCUCUGAGAGACAGGGUUUGGAAAACACUCGCUUCAGUGGGAGGAAUCUUCCCGCACGCGCUCUGGUUCUGCGACACGCUCCAAGCCAAUCUCCACAACUUCAGCUCCCUGUGUACAUAUGCGCUGACAGCGAGCUGCGCUGAGCAGCUCAGAUGUUCAGAUGGGAAUCUUUUCUUGGGUGAUUUAGCUACAUCUGCGAUUUACAUAACAAAUAAAAUGUCAGUUCGUCUGCAUGCGUCGGGGUAAUUCUUUCUAUUCUUUCUCUGUCAAAAUAAACGGUCAAAUACGGGAACUAUACGGUCAACACAACACAAGCCCUGCUUUCAACUGUUCUGUUUUCUUGUGAAAAUUGUUGGAAAGAGAUCAAAUUUAACUUGAUUACCACCAGAGCCAGUGCGCCGUCAUCUCCGUGACGGUAAAUGAGGGAAAAACAAAUUGAUCGGAUCCUGCACGUCUUUUAACACAUUGGUCAGGAUUGACGCACUUUGUUUUCAUUUAGUUGGUUAAAAAAAAGUUGGGCUCAGGCUCGGGUCGGGCCAGAAAAUCCUGAAAACCUUUUCGGGCCGGGUCAGGCUGGGGCUCCACCCCCUCGGGCCGGGCCGGACACGGGCUCAGAUUUCAGGCCCGUGCAGGGCUCUAAUCCACCACACACACACACACACACACACACACACACACACACACACACACACACACACACACACACACACACACACACACACACACACACGCACACACACACACGUUCUAGUCUACACUGACACUUGGAGAAUCGAUUCAGAAUUGAAUCGUGAGUUGUUGUAAGAUUCACAUCUCUAAAAAGUGUCUGUGAAAGUGGAAGAGAUGGAAGUGUGUUUAGAUGGUAAAUGACAGAGUUCAGAGCGGUUCUGGUUCAGUCCGCUGUUGGAUCAUCAACACUUGACAGGAGACAUGAUGGUCUUUCAUACAGAAUGUCUCGUGUCUUCAUCUGUCUAGGGCUGUUAUGAUGGUUUUAUUUUUGAAUCAUUUGAACAUUAAAUGUUCUCUGCAGACCUGUUAGUGUCCUCCAUCAUUCAGGUGUUAUGAGUGUGUUCUGUUGUCCUUCUGGGUAAAGCAGCAGUUACAGGAUGGUGGAGAUUUCUUUUAAUCGUUGUUUUUACCUAUUUUUAUUUUCUAUCCUUUAUUUUAAUGAGAUGUGUUUGUUUCACAUAGAUUACAGUUGACUCUGCUACUAAGUGUUGUUCUAGAUCUUAGCAAUGAUGUUUAUGCUUCAUUAUUUGUUUCUUCUUCUUGUAAUAAAACUUAAACUUUGCUGGCUGAAUCCAGAAGUGUUUUCUCUUUAAGUCUCUGAUCAAAUCCCACAACACCACACAUGGCUCCAUCCCACAAAUCUCCAACUACAAGAAGCUAUCCUAUCAAUGUGAGGCAACAUUUCUGAAGAAUGCUUUCAGCACCUUGUUGAAUCAAUGCCACGUAGAUUUAAGGCAGUUCUGAAGGUAAAAGGGGCUCAAACACCGUAUUAGUAUGGUGUUCCUAAUAGUCCUGUAGGUGAGUGUAUAUAUAUGUCUAUUAUACAUAGAAUAUUACAUUUAGUAAACUGUAUUUUUGCCCAUCAGACCUCAUUGAGUGAAGAAAACAAGAGCGUCUGGUGGCCGCACCAAGCAUUACAUGAGACAAUUUCUAAAUCAGCACCUUCACAACACUUUUUGUUUUCUUCUCAGAGCGGCUUCAGAAAAAAACAAAACAAACAUCAAAGGUUUCUCCCACAUUCUUUACAGAAAUUAUUUUUCUGAAAAUACUUCUUGUUGGGUAUUUUUAUAAAUGUACCUUUUUGAGACCUAAAAGAUGCCCAUUACACAUCAUGAAUCUCUGUGUUGGCUGUUCAUAAAAAGGUUGAGCAAGGAUGUUAAUUGAGAAAACUCUGUACCUCUGUAACUUGAGAAGGCCCGCCUUCUCCCCCCACCCUUUGCUUGAAUAAAACCACUGAAGACUCUGAGGACUGGGGGAGUCGC